UUUCUCUCUCUCUCUCUCCCCAUGACCACUCUGAACAGUAAUUGUGAAAACCCUUUUGCAUUGAACCUCAGCCAUCCAAUUCUCUCUCUUCUAAACUCCUCCCUUUCUCUCUCUCAAUUGAAGCAGAUCCAUGCCCACAUGAUCACCUCCUCCCUCAUCCUCAGCCCCUUUGCUGUGAGCCGCCUCAUCAAAAGCCUCUCUCUCUCCCCUGUCCUCCUCCCUUACGCCUCCCGACUCUUCGACUACACUCCCUCUCCUGACCUCUUCUCCUUCAACACACUCAUCAGAGCACUCUCCAAUUCCCCUUACCCCUGCCACUCUCUCUCUCUCUUUGCCACACGCUUCUGUCACCUCCGCCUCCUCCCAAACCAUUACACCUUCUCUUUUCUUCUCCAUGCUUGCUCCAAAUUCUCUGGCCUACUUGAAGGAACCCAAAUCCAUACCCACACCCUAAAGCACGGGUUCACCCCCAACAAUCUCUAUGUGAGCAACACACUCCUCCACAUGUAUGUAGCAUGUGAUCGGCUCUGGGAUGCUUGCCAAGUAUUUGAAGAGUGCCCUCAUAGGGACCUCAUCUCUUGGAACUCAAUGAUCGCAGCCUAUGUUCAGUCUGGUGAUAUGAGUCAUGCUCAGUUGCUCUUUGACAAGAUGCCAGUGAGGGAUGUUGUUUCAUGGGGCACGCUCAUUUCUGGUUACACACAUACAGAGAGGGCCAGUGAUGCACUUUACCUCUUUCGAGAAUUGUUGCUUGCCGGUGAGCCUGCACCCAAUGAGUUUGUUCUGGUGAGUACACUCUCGGCAUGUGCUGACUCUGUGGCGCUCGAUCAGGGGAAGUGGAUCCACACAUACAUUGCGAGCGACAAGAGAAGGAGUAAGAAGCUUGUUGUGAAUGAAAGGGUGGUGGCCGCUCUUAUUGAUAUGUAUGCAAAAUGUGGGGAGAUAAGAACCGCCCUCCAAGUUUUUGAGGAGAGCACUAAGCAGACGGCCUCUCCUUGGAAUGCUGCCAUCAGCGGUCUUGCCACACAUGGGUGUGCUAGUGAUGCACUUGACCUUUUCUCACGGAUGGAAAUGGCAGGCAUUGUCCCAAGAGAUAUAACUUUUGUUGCUGUGCUCAAUGCAUGCAGCCAUGCAGGUUUGGUGGCUGAGGGGCAAAGGUAUUUUGAGUUGAUGAGGAAUUACUAUGGCUUGGUACCCACAAUUAAGCACUAUGGUUGCAUGGUGGACCUUUUAGGGCGUGCAGGCCUUCUGAAAGAGGCCAAAGGGCUCAUAUCGAAAAUGCCCAUGAAGCCUGAUGCUGCUAUAUGGGGUGCUUUACUCAGCGCUUGUAGAAUUCAUGGCGAUACAGUUUUGGCUGAACAAGUUGGAAGAGAGCUUAUUGAGUGUGCUCCACUUCAUACUGGUUGUCAUGUUCUCUUGUCAAAUAUAUAUUCAUCUUCUGGUCGAUGGAGGGAUGCGAAAGAUGUGAGGGCCUUGAUCGAACGCAUUGGGGUGAAGAAGAUUCCAGGUUGUACAUCCAUAGAAUUGAAGGGUGCAUUUCAUCAAUUUCUUGUUGGUGAUCGAUCGCAUCCCCAAACUAGGGAGAUAUACUCGUUCCUGGAUGAGAUGUUGAGUAGGUUGAGGUUAGCAGGCUAUGUACCUGAGAGUACAGAGGUGUUGAUGGACUUGGCUGAGGAAGAUAAGGAGACUGCUCUUUCUUGGCAUAGUGAGAAGUUGGCAAUUGCUUUUGGGUUGAUCAACACCCCACCGGGGACCCCAAUUCGCAUUGUGAAGAACCUUAGGGUUUGCUCAGACUGUCACAAUGCCACAAAGUUCAUUUCCAAGGUGUAUGAACGAGAAAUAGUUGUCAGGGAUCGUGCUAGAUUUCAUCAUUUCAAGGAUGGAUCUUGCUCUUGUAAGGAAUAUUGGUAGCAAAUGAAAGAAUCAGUGGAAGCUUCAGCAAAAUGGUUCAUUGGGCAUACUUACCUACUUACUAGCUUAUUUGAGAUUUAUACAAUUCCAUAUACAGGGAGGAAUAUGGAUAACCCAGUCAAGACCACACAGAUUAAGUAAUGCUCUACUUGAGCUGUAGCAUAUGGAGCCAAACAGCAGGGGACAUGCUCAGUUUUUUGUUUAGUUUUUGAUGGAUUGCCACAUUGAGUUGCAGUCUUGGAUCCCGCCCUUUGAAAAGCACCAUACCUUUGAGAAUAUCAUCAUCGUCCGAGCCUUCUACAAUUAUUUGGGGAACCAACUGAUUUGUUCACUAAGGCCAUGUCUUGUGAUCAUUGUCAGUGUUAUUUUUCAAUUAACAUUUCAUUGAAGAGUUAUCUUUCAUUGUUCGAGUAACAAGCUCUCCCCGUUGGAUUUACAUUUCAUUGAAGAGUUAUCUUUCAUUGUUCGAGUAACAAGCUCUCCCUGUUGGGUUUCAGCACAGUACCAUCCAACAAAAUAUUGACAUCUUGUUACAAUGUGUAUGUAUAUAUGCAACAAAUGCUUCUCUAUGAGUUUUUGGAAUGGAUCUGUCUGUAAUUCUGUAUACUUUGCAGUAGGCUUCUUUUGUUGAUCUAUUUUAAGCACAUUUUAGUACUUCUAUCCCGAAUUAUUUGUGUAUAACGACAACACUGAAGUUGCAUGAUUUGGUAUUAUUCAUUUUUUGCAACUCUCCUGCUGUUAGACUCUCAAUCAGUUUCUUUCAUUUGUUUGAGCUUCCAGAUGAUAUUCAAUUGCCUCUGAAACGUGGGUUUCCAGAUCACCAAUUUAGCCUACUUAGUUCAAUUUUUUUCUUCUUAUGCCCAGUUUGUAAAUAACAGAAGAGGCGCACAUUUGUACUUCAAGAGUGUAGGCUCAAUGCUCGACUUUGGAUAUUGGUAGGGCCUCUUUUAGUAAUAAGCUCAAAAGCAUUUUGGAAUCUACUGGAUGGGAGCAGUUAACCUAUCAUCACUACUCUUACAUUUGAGGUUGCUUGACAACGAUGUCUUUUGCGAGCAACUUUCUAUGGAUUUGAGUUUUGUGGAAAAAAGAACUGUUUUGUGUAUGCCCAUGUUCAAUGUUGUUUGGGUUUGGAAUGGUGUAAAGGGUCUUGAAAAGUUGGUAUCCUGUACUUUGGUUGAGCGGGAUGAGCGAGCUCAGGAUGGAUCUCUCUUUCUUGAUUACUGGUCAAUUGCAGAAAACUGGUACACUACAAUGGCAUCUGGAGUGUUUGUGAUGCAACAUAAAUGUAUGAUUUUGAUUUUUAGGGAUUCACUCACGAAUAUGCACUUUUGUACCGGUAUUGACAAGGAAUCUGAAAUUCUUUUCCAAUUAACAUAGUUCAAAGAAAGUACUUGUGGUUCUGA